UUCACACGUAAAAGCAAACGGGCCUAAACCAGAAUCCUCCUUUUAACUGACCGAAUCUAUGGGCUUUUGGUACAUUCGAAAUCGUUCAAAACCUUGAACGUACUUUCCUUUCCCUGCAUGGUAUGACCCAAAUCUAAACCCUCCGAUUCAUUGGCUGCGGUACCGACUAUGGGCACUGACUUUGCCGGCCGGGCGGUGAAUUCAGCCGCCGGGACCGACUGGAUGGAGCACUUGCAUAGGUUGGGACGCGAUGAACUUUUGGAGUUUUUGUCUGAAGGGUUUUGCGGUAAUUGCCAAUCUCUUCUGCAGACUCGUAUUCGCAAAAUCUGUGGCGCAGGAAAAAUCAGUAAUGGAAAACCAUUGUCCAGUAGUGACGACACUGAAAAUUCAGGGGCAUUGCAGUCUGCCAAUGGUUCAAGCCUGAGUUUACUUGUCAAGAGUUCAGAAUCUAUGACUAUCAGUGGCAGGUCUCAGCAGCAAGAAAGCAAUCCAAGCAGCUCUAAUCGAACCAAGGAAUCAGUUUAUUCAGCAACACGAAAGGGAUAUGCUGCUGAUUCGUCCCCUUCCUCAGCAGGAUCAGUUAGCAGUAAGCGAAGUUUGUUGGAUCAUUCAGGUUCUGAAAUAUUGCUGAAUGAUGGACUCACCAGAGUUUCCUCACCAACAAAUAGUGGUUUAUCUGAGGACGAAAAGGAGAAAAUUAGGGUUUCAAAGGUGGGGAGGAAGAAAGAUUUUGCUUAUAAUGAGAUAAUUAAUGGAAAAAUGACUAAUGUGCUUCAAGGGCUUGAGCUUCAUACUGAUGUAUUUAAUUCUGAGGAGCAAAGGACGAUAGUUCAAUGUGUCUAUAAUUUACAACAGAAGGGACAAAGGGGGCAGCUUCGAGAACGCACAUAUUCAGCGCCAAGAAGGUGGAUGCGUGGUAAAGGGCGAAUCACGAUGCAAUUUGGCUGUUGUUACAAUUAUGCAGUUGACAAAGAUGGAAAUCCCCCUGGCAUAAUUAGAGAUGAAGAAGUUGAUCCCCUACCUUCUUUGUUCAAGCAAAUGAUCAGGAGGAUGGUCAGAUGGCAAGUUCUACCUUCAACAUGUGUCCCCAACAGCUGCAUCGUGAAUAUAUAUUACGAGGGGGAUUGCAUCCCUCCUCACAUUGACCACCAUGACUUCCUCAGACCUUUCUGCACUGUCUCAUUCUUGACCAAGUGCAAUAUACUCUUUGGUUCAAACCUGAAGAUUCUGAGUCCAGGAGAGUUCUCAGGCCCUGCAUCUAUACCUUUGCCUGUGGGAUCGGUGCUUGUUUUGAAUGGAAAUGGAGCUGAUGUUGCUAAACACUGUGUUCCUAGUGUCCCAGCUAAAAGGAUUUCUAUCACUUUCCGGAAAAUGGAUGACAACAAAUUGCCAUUCAAGUUUUUACCAGAUCCCGAAUUGAGAGGAGCUAGGCCUGCUGAAUAUUCUUCUGUGGACGACUCACAAAUCGAACAACAUCAGCAUCAGUAUCAUAAAAAAGGUGCACAUGAUGGAUCUGGAAGCAUUAAGCAGGCUCAAGUUAAUUCCUUUGUCGUGGGCAAAGAUGAUUUCCCUCCACUUGGAAGCUCGAAAUUCGUCAAGCAACCAGGUGCUAACAAAAAUCGCUGUUGAAACAAUGGCGCCACAUGCAAAUUUUACAUGGUUGGGUCGAGUCAAUUUUGUAAACACUUCGAUUUGUGAAUUAAAGCAGAAAAAAUGCGGGAAUUUUAGCGGAAUGCUGCUAUGUUGAUCAUAUUAUAUUCUGAGAGGGAGAAUUAAAUAAAACUUCGUUUAAGUUUUGGGUCUC